AUGCCGCAUGACUCGAAACACACAGCUACAUGCUGUCCGAUUUGCGCAAAGACCGAAACUCUACAUACUCAAGACCUUGUGUGUAAAGAUUGCGUGAAUAGUGGCGUUGAAAUCAUUAAGAACUCGGUGGCCCGAAAUGAAGAGCUUAACAUGGGCAUGCGUGCUGAAAUCAACUCCAUCUUCGAAGCUUGUUUACAUUAUCAGAAUGGUCAGAACUUGUCUGAUCUACGACAACGCCAUACAGAUGAUAAACACAUUCCCAAUGUAACCACAGACUCAGUGAAGAACUUGGCAAUACAACUACAGAAGCUCGCAAUUGCCAACACAAAGAUCAAAAUCAAUGGAAUUCAGAUGGCCGAGGAUGCAAUGCGUACUAAAGUACAACGUACUAUGGCUAACAUAGAAAAGACACAAAAGAGAAUUGAUGAUAUAAACAAGCUACUUGAUACGAAAGUUGCUGAGCUUGCAGCUGUAUUCAAUAAGCAAACAAGAUCUCUUGAAACAGAGACACAGCAGAUAUAUGACCAGUCUAUUGAUCAGACUAUGAGAUAUUCAGCAGCAGUACAAAGAAAACAUUAUAAAGUUUUGCGGGACAUUGCUCUCCCCAACUACGAUCAAUGGAGACUAUCUGUGUCUAGUAUUUCCAGAAGAAAGAACGUGAAACUACUACUUUUCGGUCUGCCUGUCAUUCAAUUAUCUUCCUUCCUAACAUUCAAUAAUAAAUUGACUGAGAUCAAUUCCUUCAUUGAGAACUUGAUAAGAUUUCAAAUCGAGCUUCAGGCUCUUCUCUCACAAAAUGACAAUCUGGUAAAUCUUCCGUUUCUAGAGGAUUUGAUCCCACUACUUCCAAAUAGUUCUUUUUACGACUUGGUUCAGGAGAAAAUCAACUUCGUUACUAAAGAUGGAAAACCAACAACUCCCUCUCCAACUUUGGAAGAAAAUGAGGAUAUUUCCCCAAAAUCAUCAAAAUUUUCUGUAUCGACUGAUAGGAGCAUUGAUAAGAUUGUUAUUGAAGGGAAUGUCAUCAAAAUCCCUAUAUCUUUCAAGACGAUUAAUUUGCAACGAAGAACUUCCUUAAUGAGUCCUGAGCCUGCGAAUUCAAUUUCAGAACCCGUGAAUGUUGACAAGUAUCUGCCAUCAUUUGGCUCGUAUUCCUUUCAACCCAAACUGCCCUCUCCCUUAUCUGAACUGACUCAACAAAAGUUAGCAUUGAAAGGUAAGAAAAUCGUUAUUACACCUCAUAAAAUUCUUACGAAACCCUUUACCCGUUUAAAACCUAAAGAGUACUUGAAGUUCAUACUGGUUGUGGUCAAGAUUCUCAUUAAUUUUGAUGUGCUCCUCAAAAUCACUGCUGAUCGGGCACCUGGAAAUAACUUAAAGAAGCAGGCUUCUUCAGGAACCCUCGGUAGUACUUUUCAUCAGUUAAGAGCGAGUGGGAAUCAUUAUCAGGAAAGAUUAUUUAACAUGUCUGAUAGGGAAGGAGAGGAUACCAUUUAUGAUUUUGAGAAAAUCUUGAGUAAGUUGGCGAAUUUGGAACCUUACUUUCAUUCGCGAUCAACUCUACAGAAAGCCAAACCAUCUAAAGACCCAAGCUCAAUCGCCAGCAGCCUCAUUAAUAUUUCCUCAUCGCCAUCAUCAUUACGUUUCAAUACUUCCAAUUCUGAGAGUUUCCCUUCGAGUGAGUUCUCAGCUUCAAUUGUGAAUGUGGUAGCUUCGCAGGUGAGCUCAAAAAAGAAACCCUCUCGUCUAAAAGAAUUGUAUGAUACUGUUUUCAAUAGGCAAACCAGUGCCGUUGCACCUACACAGGCAGAGAACAUAUAUGGCAUGGUCAGCGAGACUAAUUCACACACCGAUGUUUCAAAGUCAAAAGUUUCAGAACGCUCGCCAAUAAUCGCCACCCCAGAAACGUUCACAGAUACCUCUACCUACGAGCAAACAUUGGGCGCCGCCAAUGGACAGAAUUACAAUGUGAAGAAAGUGAUGCAAGAUGUGCAUAAGAUUCUAGCAAGCGGAUUCGGAAACAGCCGAAGCAAGUCAAUUAGAAAAGUCGGUAUUGAUAAUGAGGUCAAAAAGGCUACAUUAUCAAUGAUGUCACAGCUGAAGGCACAAUUGGAAGACUGGAAUGUAGUCAGUACGAUGUACAAGUAA